UAGCAAAUUCAUCCCACCAUGGAAUCAGCCAACUCCAUCGCCGCAACUCUAAGAUUGCAAAUCACCGCCACGGAAAAGCGCCUUGCUAGUCUAAAGCAACAACUUGCUGAUAUUGAAGAAAAGUCCGCCGAAAAUGUAUCAGUUUCCCCUGAGGUUCCCGUGACUCAGAAGACGAAAUGGCCGUUAUCUGCAGAGGAGUAUAAGAGAUAUGGUAGACAGAUGAUAGUUCCUAAUGCUGGGCUUAAAGGUACUACAUUAUUUUCUAUCACUAGUUCUCAGUCUAAAUUCUUACUAGGACAAUUACGACUCAAAUCCGCAUCUGUUCUCAUCAUCGGAGCAGGAGGCCUCGGUUGUCCAUCCUCUGCCUACCUCGCUGGAGCAGGCGUGGGAACAAUAGGGAUAGUCGAUGGAGACACCGUAGAAAUCUCGAAUCUACAUCGUCAAAUACUGCACAACACAUCCACAGUCGGAUUGAAGAAAGUCGACAGCGUAAUAUCAUAUUUAAAAAAGUAUUCUUCCUCCACUUAAACCCCAUCCAGCAACUAACAAAAAAAAGUCUAAACCCAAAUGCAACAUACAUCCCAUACGACAUCCAUCUCACACCUCAAAACGCAGAAGAGAUAGUAUCAAACUAUGAUCUGGUACUAGACUGUACAGACCACCCCACCUCCCGCUACCUCAUCUCAGACGCCUGCGUCCUGCUCUCCAAACCUCUCGUGUCCGCCUCAGCACUCCGUACAGACGGCCAACUGAUCGUCCUCAACUCGCCACCACUCCCAGUCGGGAAUCCAGAAGGAGGUCCCUGUUACCGCUGCGUAUUCCCUAAACCACCACCAGCAGCAAGCGUCGUAAGCUGCGGCGACGGCGGAAUCAUCGGGCCCGUCGUGGGAGUUAUGGGAGUCUUGCAAGCCUUGGAAGCCAUCAAGUUGAUUGUGAGCGGGAAGCUGAAAGGAGAUGGUGAGCCUGUGGCAAGCAGUAUGCUUCUAUUCUCCGCCAACGGAAAUCCGCAAUUCAGAAGUCUGAGGAUGAGAGCAAGGAGUCCGAAAUGUGCUGCUUGCUCAGAAAAUGCUGAGUUGACGCUGAAGAACUUGCCAGAAAUGGAUUAUGCGUUUUUCUGUGGUCUUACAGCACCUGUCAAUAUUUUGGAAGCGGAAGAAAGAAUUGAGGCAAAGGAGUAUGAAAAGCUGAGUAAAGGGACCAAACAACAUUUGUUGCUUGAUGUGAGAGAUAAGGUGCAAUUCGAUAUCUGCAAUCUAGAGGGCUCGAUCAAUGUUCCAUUUUCCACAUUUCAAGGAGGUCGGCCUCUAUCCCAAGAAGGGGAACAGCCAUCGUGGUUACCCGAGAGCUUUGCGCCAGACUCACCAAUCUAUGUCGUAUGUAGGCUUGGAAACGACAGCCAAGUUGUGACGAGGAAGCUCAAGGAAAGCGGGCUGGGAACUCGAGAAAUCAAAGACAUAAGGGGAGGACUGAAAUCUUGGAAAGAGCAAGUGGACGAUUCAUGGCCUGAGUACUGAAGACGUGGAGUACAUUGCAAUGAAAGUAGGAUUUGGUAUUCUUUGUAUACGGAUUGGGCCAGUAGUACAAGAGG